AAUCUCAUCCGUCUCUGCGAGUGGUGAAGUGAACCUCCUGUAAACUCCUGAGCCCGAGCAACAGAGUAGAAGGAGAAGGGGACAGGGGCCACCUGAGAGGGCAGAGACUUCUUGCUGUCAAAGGUAUCUGAGAUGAAUCCCACAAGCCAAUCCCUUGGCACAACUGAAUAUGACUAUGGAUAUGAUGAAAACACUGCUCCGUGCAACGAAGGAAACAGCUUUCGCAGGUUUAAAUCCCUCUUUCUACCAAGUCUUUACUGCCUCGUGUUUGUCUUCUGCCUUCUGGGAAACUCUUUGGUCCUUUGGGUUCUCCUGACCAGGAAAAGGCUGACGACAAUGACAGACAUCUGCCUGCUGAACCUUGCCGCCUCUGAUCUCCUCUUCGUUGUGCCUCUCCCUUUCCAAGCCCACUACGCUUCAGACCAGUGGGUUUUUGGCAAUGCUAUGUGCAAGAUAAUGGCUGGCAUUUAUUACACAGGUUUUUAUAGCAGUAUUUUCUUUAUAACCCUCAUGAGCAUAGACAGGUAUAUAGCAAUUGUCCACGCUGUCUAUGCCAUGAGGAUACGGACAGCCUCUUGUGGCAUAAUUAUCAGUUUAAUGCUGUGGCUGGUGGCUGGCUUGGCUUCUGUGCCCAACAUCAUGUUCAAUCAGGAGCUGGAAAUUGAACAGGCUGUGCAGUGUGUCCCCACAUAUCCGCCAGGCAACAACACCUGGAAGGUUGCUUCUCAGUUUGCAGUCAAUAUCUUGGGCCUCUUGAUUCCCUUUAGCAUCCUCGUUUGCUGCUAUGCCCAGAUACUGAAAAACCUGCAAAAAUGCAAAAAUCGGAACAAGAUCAAGGCGAUCAAGAUGAUCUUCAUCAUUGUCAUCGUUUUCUUCCUCUUCUGGACUCCCUUCAACAUCGCACUGUUCCUGGACUCUCUGCAGAGCCUGCACAUCAUCAACGACUGCAAGGCGAGCUCCCAGAUAGCCCUGGCGCUGCAGCUGACGGAAACCAUCUCCUUCAUCCACUGCUGCCUGAACCCCGUCAUCUAUGCCUUUGCUGGGGUGACAUUCAAGGCCCAUCUUAAGGGGCUGCUUCAGUCCUGUGCCCGUGUCCUCUCCGGCCCUGCUGGAGGUGCUGGGACCGGCCAGUCAUUUUCAACACCCACCCAGCUCUCUGGCUGGUCUGACAGUGCCGGGGUCAUGUGAGCCUGCCUGAGCUGCCUUCUGCUGCUGGAGGGGCUGGCUGGAGGUCUGAUGAAGUCCUGGAGGGUGUACCAUGUGCGCAGCAUCCCCCUGGGAGAAGCAGUAUACCCGCACCUCCUUUAGGGAUAUGCUGUGAAUUGUGAUGUGAUAAGUUACAUUAUUUUCCCAAGAGCACCGGUGCACUUGUAACAUAGUGACUGUGCAAGGUUGCUACAGAACGAUCUUUAAUUAAGUUUUUUAGAGCUCUUUUAAUACAUUUCAGCUAGCAGGGUGCUUCCUGUAGUAUUUAUUUUCUUCUCUGAUGAAAGCAUUGCUUCUGCCUAAUCCCCAAAUAUGCUCUGCCUUGUGGAAGCUGUUCCAUACCUGAAUCCCUACAUCCCUGGGACAGACACGGGG